CUCUCCCUGCACCUGGCCUCUGCAGUUACCUCUUUUUUUUCCUUUUUUUUUUUUUUUUUUUACUUCCUAUGAGCAGUAAAAAACCUCUGAGCUCACCUUAAUGUGGUCAGUCUGACUUCCUUGUUUGCUUGCUUGUGGGUAUGCAAAGCUCAUGCCCUGCACUCAGCCCUGUGCUUUCUGAGGGAUAUUGUCAACAGAUGGUUCCGUGCAGUCAAAUUACCAGCAGAGACAGUGCCAGCAGAACGCCCUUUUCUUGUGCCCAGGGAAAAAGGGAUGUCUGGUUUGACAGCUGCUUCCUGAGCCACAUCCUCAGGGAGGGAAAUUCAGCCCAGUGUUGCCUUUAUGCCGUAGAUGGUAUUCAAUGCUUCUGCACUAUGUGGUCACCAGCAGCUCCACAGUCCUUGGGGCAUAUGAAAAUGUCCCCUUCCUGGGGCUGGUGGCAGGGUUUCCCUGACACUGACUCACUAGCUGCCAUGCUUGACCAAUAUGCGCUUGUGGUCCCUGGGCAGCCUUGGUGUGCAUCUGGUGUUUCUGCCACGCUCAGUGCAGCUCUGGGUAAUGGUGGGAGUGGGGAGCCCCAAAAGACACCAGUCCUCCCACUUGCAAGAGGAGAACUGCCACUGCAGACUACUGCUGUGUACACAAACCCCUUCCUGUCCCAUAGCCCAUGCUCCCUGCAGCCCUGUCUCACCUAGCCUCUGGGCCAGCAGGCACAAUGCAGCCCAGGGCUCUCCUCCAUGUGCUGUUCCGGUCACACGGUGCUACGCCCUAUAAUUCCCAGUUCACUGCCUUUAUUCCAAACAAUGGACUUUUGGGAAAAGCACACUCCUUGCUUCUGAAAGCUCAGAAGCACUGAGGGGAAGGAGAAGAAUCAGAGACAGCUCUAGGAAGGUACUUGAGGAUGCAGGUGUGAGGUCAGGGUGCCCCACCGGGACAAAUCACUUACCGGGGCCGUGGCUCCCACCUGGGUACUGUUCUCUCCAGCCCUGUACGCCUGCCAGGCCUGUGGGAGGGACGAGUGGGCACCUGUAGGGAGCGAGACCUGCUUCAACCGGACCGUGGAGUUCCUGUCCUGGGCUGAUCCCCUUUCCUGGGUGCUGCUGAUCCCCACCGUGCUUCUGCUGCUGCUCAUGGCGGGGCUGGCUGUGCUCUUUGCCCGGAACGCCUCCACACCGGUGGUCAGGUCAGCGGGUGGCAAGAUGUGCUUCCUCAUGCUGGGCGCCCUGGCCUGCACCUGCAGCAGCAUCUUCUUCAACUUCGGGGAGCCCACCUGGCUCUCGUGCCUGGUGCGCAUCCCGCUCUUCACCAUCAGCUUCGCUGUCUUCCUCUCGUGCGUGGCGACGCGCUGCUUCCAGAUCGUCUGCAUCUUCAAGCUGAGCACACGCUGGCCGGCACUGCACGAGGCCUGGCAGCGGCGCGGCGGCCCGGCGCUGUUCAUCGCGGGCAGCACAGUGGCGCAGGCGGUGCUGAGCGUGGCGGCGGUGGCUUCGGGCCCUGCGGGGCCGCGGAGGCGCUACAGCGUGGCGGCCGAGCGCGUGGUGCUGGAAUGCGGCGCGGGCAGCGCGCCCGGCGAGACGGCCGCCAUACUGUACAACCUGCUCCUCAGCCUGGGCUGCUUCGCGCUCAGCUACGCGGGGAAGGACCUCCCCGCGGACUACAACGAGGCCAAGUGCCUGACCUGCAGCCUGCUGCUGCACCUCGCCUGCUCCGCCGCCGUCCUCUGCACGCGGAGCUACUUCCGCGGGCGGAGCGCGGCGGUGACGGCGGCGCUGGGCGCGCUGGGCACGCUGGCACCGCUGCUGGGCGGUUACUUCCUGCCAAAGGGCUUCGUAGUGCUGCUGCGGCCUCACCUCAAUACGGCCGAGCGCUUCCAGCAGGAGAUCCGCAGCUACACGCGGCGCCGCGACGAAUGACGGCCGGAGCGCGGCGGCCACGGACACGUCGCCACAUCCAGCACGUCACUUCUGGGAGCAGUGGCGGUAAACAUCUGUUUAGAGCGUCACAUCCGGAGCGCCACUUUCGUGCUCGUCACAUCUGGCGCGCCGCUCCGUGCUCAUAACAUCCGGUGUUGAACUUCCUUGUUCGUCACAUCCUGAACGUCACUUCCUUUUUCCUUA